UUGUGAAAAUCAGCUGUGUGCCGCAAAAAGUAGAGGUGUUGUGCAAGAUUUUUUGAUCAGGGUGUUUUGGGAGUGUUUUCAGCCAUGUCACGAAGUCAGGACGUUUUUGCCAUCCUGAGAGGUCUUCAGGUUGUCCUGGAGGCCACGGCCAAGACGCAGGAACAGUGCAUUCAGCGUCUUUGGGCAAAUUCCAGCAUCCGGGAGAUUCUGCAUGCUAAUCAGGAGAUUACCUCAAAGUGCCUCAAUAAGUUCCUCCAGGAUCCCUCGAAGGAGCUCUCUAGUAUGUCAAGUACCCUCAAGGAAGCCGCUGAACGGAGUUCUGUGGUAUUUGAGGGAAUCCGGCAGUACACAGCUAGUUCUGUCAAGCUGGAGCCCACAAAAGCCACGAGGGAUCUUGCAAAUAUUGAUAUUGCCUCCCUCACCCUCAAAGAACUCGAGCACUACCUGGCACAGAAUAAAAGUCGCACACCGGAGGAGGGAUUCGAAGCUUUCCGGAAGGAGGAAAUCAUGGAAACAUCUGUGGCACCGAGUUCUGUGGCUGAGGAUGAAAAGUACGUCAAGGAGUGGGUGUCAUUCAUCGCUAAGCACGAUGUACCACCCAAAGAAGUACCCAAAGUCAUGGAGAAACCUUCUGUGGCUGAGAAAUCUCCAGAAGGGAGCAAAAGUCCUUCAAAUAUUCCUCAAUUGAGUUCUGUGGCGAAGCAAAGGAAGGUUCCGGCGACACGAAUUGGGAGGAUUAUGUCUUUUGGAGGAUUGUUUGCUGGUGUUGGAUUGGGAACAAUUGGAGAAUUGACCAAGGGAGCCCUGGGACUCGGAGGAACGCUCAAUGUGAAGGAGGCUGUGUUCAAUCCGACAAAUGCUGAUCGUAUUGUGGACACACUGUGCAAAGUUCGUGGAGCUGCCCUGAAAAUUGGGCAGAUUCUCAGUAUUCAGGACACUUCGAUUGUUUCACCGCAGCUCGUGAAGGCUUUCGAGAGAGUACGUCAGGCUGCUGACUACAUGCCUGAUUGGCAGGUUGAGAAGGUUCUCAGGGCAGAAUUUGGAAGCUCGUGGGAGGAGAAGCUCAAACACUUUGACCGGAAGCCUUUUGCAGCAGCCAGUAUUGGUCAGGUUCAUCGGGGAGUCCUUCACGAUGGCAUGGAGGUGGCAAUAAAAAUCCAAUAUCCGGGAGUUGCAGCCAGCAUAAAGAGUGAUAUUGAUAACCUCGUGGGGUUGCUGAAAGUGUGGGAUGUCUUCCCACCGGGUAUCUUUAUUGAUAACAUUGUCAAAGUGGCCAAGAGGGAGCUUGCCUGGGAGGUUGACUACCUCCGUGAGGCAGAAUAUACGGAAAAGUACGCAGAGAUGGUGGCGCACUUCCCAGAGUAUCGUGUACCACGUGUCAUCCGGGAUCUCACCACAAAGAGCAUCUUGACGACAGAACUGGUGCCGGGAGUUCCACUGGAUCAGUGCUUUGACCUCGAUGAGAGUCACCGGAUGGCCAUUGGACGUGGUGUAAUGAAUCUCUGUAUGCAGGAGCUGUUUGUGAUGCAGUGCAUGCAGACAGAUCCCAAUUGGUCCAACUUCCUCUACGACCAACACUCCCGGCAGCUCAUGUUGAUUGAUUUUGGUUCAACGAGAUUCUAUUCCAAGGAAUUCAUCGAUAACUACUUUAGGGUAACAGUAGCCGCUAGCAACAAGGAUAGGGACACCGUGCUGAGGAUCUCCCGGGAAAUGGGCUUCCUGACGGGGUACGAAAGUAAAGCCAUGGAGAAUGCACAUGUGGAUGCUGUAAUGAUUCUCGGGGAGGUCUUCUCCUGUCGCGGGGAAUUUGAUUUUGGGCAUCAGGAUACAACGAAGAGGAUUGUAGACUUAGUCCCCACCAUGGUAGCUCAUCGGCUGUGUCCUCCUCCCGAUGAAAUUUACUCCAUUCACAGGAAACUCUCCGGAGUGUUCCUCCUCUGUAGUCGGCUGAAGGUGAAAUUCGCCUGUAAACCAAUGUUUGAUGAAAUUGUCCGGAAUUAUCGUUUCGAAUGAUUUUCCCAUCUUCCCUGAAAUAAAUUCCCGUGAUCCCUGUAAUCCAUAGGAUGCCUAAAAAGCUCAGGAUAAGGAACAAAGUGACUUAAAACACCUCCUUUUGGUAUAUUUUGUGUGAAUAAAAAGACAAUUUUAAGAGGAAAAAAAAA